AUGGCCUCCAAGUAUCAACCGGACACCCAAUCAAGUGACCUAUCAUGGUUAUGUUCUGAAGGACCAUAUGUAAAAUUCAUCAAGAGCCUUAAAUCACGGAACCCCUCCAUCUAUAAGCCAGACCCCAAAAAUCAUAGAAUUGGAUCCCGAGUGGGGACAUCAAGAUCAGUUGCUCUGAAUGUUUGCCCUGAUCACACAGUAACAUCUGAACAUUUCAAAAAUGUUUCCGAACUCAAAAACCACUUUGCUCAACGAGUGAAAGACGAUGAGAAGGGAAAACCAAACACAAUGCAGAGGGUGUAUAUUAUCGAAGGGCUAGAUCCGCAAUUUAUAGAAGCAUAUGGGUCAUACUUCUUUAUGAACCCAAUUUUUUUCGCUAGACAAGGAAGAAAUACAAUAUGGGAUAUGCGUGAUAUCCAGGAAGGAUUUAGUGAUAGCCCUCCUUUACCCUCACUGGAGAAUCCGGAUAAGUGUUUUCGUCUCAAAUAUCGUGAAAUGAGAAAAUUCGGUCCAGAUUAUGAUCACUGGCGAACGAUCUGUGCGACGAGUGGAUCACAUGUUUCGGGAAUUGGUUUCGAGUAUAAACUAGACAGUCUAGCUGCAGUGGAGAGAAAGUGUUCCUUUUGGUUCAGGGAUGCUGCUGAUAACCAAGAAGGGUGGGAUGCUGUUAUUCUCUGUGAGCCACCAGUCCAUAAAGUUUAUCGCGCGCGGAGCCUUUUCCCGCAAGAGAUCAAAAGUGAAUUAUUUCAAGGUGGUUAUAUGGAUUUUCUCGACCUUGAUGUCUUGAUCCGAGACGGCUUGAAUGGGGCAUUGGAUGGACCCCCCAGAACCUGUAUGUUUGAUGAUCUAUGCUUCUACUUCGAGCAUCAUAGCCCACUUCUAUUCGAGAUGGAAGGAGCGACACCCCCCUUGAUUGCGUCUGCUUUCCUCAAGAAAAUUGUAGCUUCUCAUUACAUAAAAUUGAUUGACUAUUUCGAAAUAAUUGUUCAAAGAUUGAAGAGGAAGGGACUACUCUCCCGUCAAACUGAUAAGCAAGACUACAACUCUUGGCCAGAACAACGCGAACAAUGGUCCAGUCUACAACUCACCUAUCGCUUCCUCUCAGAAUACAGUUCCGAUAUCCAAUACAUCAUUCAAACCUUGAGAAUUUCCACCUCCCCACCAUACCCCACCCAUUACCUCUCCUCAACCCUCGACUUCCCCUUCAUCCACAACUCCCUCUCAAAUCUCUACAGCCGCGUAACUACAAUCAUAUCCUCAACUCAAGGUCUCUCCUCCAUCGUCGCCAACCGCGAAGCCCUACACGAAGCGCGACUUUCUGUCCGCGAAGCGAAGAAUUCGAAAACGCUUACGUUUAUUGGGUUGGUUUUCAUACCGUUGGCUUACACCAGUGCUCUUUUUAGUAUGAGUGGUGAGUAUCGACCGGGUGGAGAGGAGUUUUGGGUUUAUUGGGUUACGUCGGUGCCGAUUAUGGUAUUGGGUUUUGCGGUGACGUGGGCGAUGCAGUUUGAAUGGGAUGAGCGUGGAGGGGGGAGGUGGUGGGGGAGAGCGAGGAUGACUGGGAAUAAAGGGGGGCAAAGGGAGUGGUGA